AUGAUUCCCGCCCCAGCGCCUGCCUUGCCCUUUUCUCAUACCACCUCCUCUCCCGUCUCCAGCACCGCCGACUUCACCCACGCCGUAAUCGGGGCCGGCGUGGUCGGCCUCGCCGUCGCCCGGAACCUCGCCCGGCGCUCGGGCGGCGCGACGCUGCUGCUCGAGCGGCACGCCGCCGUCGGCACCGAGACCUCGUCGCGCAACAGCGAGGUGAUCCACGCGGGCAUCUACUACGGCGCGUCGUCGCUCAAGACGGCGCUGUGCAUCCGCGGCAAGGAGCUGCUGUACGCGCACUGCGCGCGCCACGGCGUGCCGCACCGGCGCACCGGCAAGUGGAUCGUGGCGCAGACCGACGCCCAGCUCGCUGCGCUGCAGCGCCUGCACGACCUGUGCACCGGCGAGAUCCACGUGCCCGUGCGCUGGGUCGGCGCUGAAGAGGCCCGCCGCCGCGAGCCGGCCGUGCGCGCCGACAAGGCCGUCCUGGAGAGCCCCACGACCGGCAUCGUCGACAGCCACGCGCUGAUGGUGUGCCUGCUGGGCCAGUUCGAGGACGCCGGCGGGACGCUGGCGCUGGGCAGCGCGGUCGAGGGCGUCGCGCCGCUCGGCGACGCCGGCAGCGCCGGGUGGCAGCUCCGCGUGCGCGACGCGGCCUCGGGCGAGGUGUCGACCGUCACGGCCGAGACGCUGGUCAACUCGGCCGGCCUGGGCGCCGUGGCCGUGCACAACAUGAUCGUGCCGCCCGCGCGGCGGAGGGAGAUGUUCUACGCCAAGGGCAACUACUUCUCGUACGGAGCGUCGAGUCCGCGCGUCGGCACGCUGGUCUACCCGGCGCCGGAACCGGGCCACGGUGGGUUGGGGACGCACUUGACGCUGGACAUGGCCGGGCGCAUCAGGUUUGGGCCGGACGUCGAGUGGGUGGAUUCGCCGGAUGACUUGGCCGUAAACGAGUCGCGGCUGGCGCAGACGGUGCAGGAGGUGAAGAAGUAUUUGCCCGGGCUGGACGAGACGCAACUGCGGCCCGACUAUGCUGGGAUACGACCAAAGCUGGGCAAGCAAGGGGCUGUGGCGCAUGGCAAAGGGUUCGUGGACUUUGUGAUCCAGAAGGAGGCCGGGUACCAUGGUUGGGUCAACCUGCUGAACAUCGAGAGCCCUGGCCUCACGAGUUGUCUGGCCAUAGCAGAGAUGGUCGAGAACCUUUUGUACGCAUAGGUAGUAAGCUAAGCCAAUACAAGACCACGCUCUGGGAACUGACAGUCCAGUCUGUCAAGGGCGUGGAAAACUGCCCAGGUCCUUGUUGCCUCGGGUAAUAAGUCACGUCGGUUGCCCUAGCCUGCAAACGCAUCGCCAGGCCCUGUUUCUGUUUCGCCUGCUAGCCGCAACCGACCGCUUUCCACCUUCAAAGCACGUAACUUAACCAGAAAUUCCAUGUAACCUAAAGAUGCGCACCAGAAGAAUU